CCUUGGAAUGAGGAGGCCCCGCCCAUUGCUCCGGACCAUGUGGUUCCCAUCCCUCCUGUUGCUGUGUUUUUGAGAGGGUAAAGGAGGAACUACACUGCUGCGACUCAAAUGGAUCGGAUGGGUUUUGUUAAUGUGCUGAUAUUUAGAAAUUAGACUAGUUUGUUGCUCUGAUAACGCUCUCCAUGGGCAACUGCUUGGUCACUGACAAUCGCUUUAGCUGCUUUUAUUCAGAGCUCAAAGUAAUUUGGGGAGUCAGUCCCAGUAACGGGUGCUCCUGACAGGUGCGCACAGUGCGCAGAGAGGAUGGGCAGACGUGAGGCACACAGCAGAGGCGCAAUGAACACAAGCGACCGCUCCGAGCUCGGUUGUCUGCGGAACGCGACAUCCAGCGGCCACCGUGCCGGUGAGGAGUCCCCGAGGCUGGGCAGCCGCCGUCCCUGCAGCGCGGAUAAGUGGCAGAGAAACUCAGACACGGAGGCGGUGGGCCCGGCACCGACUGCCACAGCGCCGAUGGAAGUGAAGAAGCACCAGCACAAACACAACUUGAAACACCGCUACGAGGUGAUGGAGACUCUGGGGAAAGGCACCUAUGGCAAAGUGAAGAAGGCGGUAGAAAGAGCAAGCCUGAAGACGGUGGCGAUCAAGUCGAUCCGCAAAGAGCGCAUCACUGACAACCUGGACAGAAUUCACAUCCAGAGAGAGAUCGAGAUCACCGCCUCGCUCAGGCACUCCAACAUCAUACGCUUCUACGAGGUAUUUGAGAGCCGGGAUAAGAUUGUGAUAGUGAUGGAGUAUGCCAGCAGGGGAGAGCUGUACGAUUACAUCCAGGAGAGGGGGAGACUGCCUGAAACAGAGGCCAGAGGCAUCUUCCGACAAAUCACAUCUGCUGUCCACUUCUGCCACAAGAACGGUGUUGUGCAUCGAGACCUCAAGCUGGAGAACAUCCUUUUAGAUCAAGAUUUCAAUGUUAAGCUGGCGGACUUCGGUCUUUCCAAUCAUUUCCAGAGGGGCACUCUGCUGCAGACGUACUGUGGAAGUCCGCUCUAUGCUGCCCCGGAGAUAGUGAAAGGACUGCCCUACCAGGGGCCAGAGGUGGACUGCUGGGCGCUGGGGGUGUUGCUGUAUGCCCUGGUGUACAGCAGCAUGCCAUUCGAUGGGGCCAGCCACACCACACUCACAGAGCAGAUCAGCCAAGGUCGCUACCGCAGACCCAACCCCCCCUCAGACGCCUGUGCUCUUAUCGACUGGUUGUUGACAGUGCGUGUGGAUGAGAGGGCUACGAUAGAGGAUGUGGCCAACCACUGGUGGGUGAACUGGGGUUUUGAAGAGAGUGUGUGUGACUGCCCUUCAUCUCCACACCAAGAAUGCCCCUCCCCCCUGCUGGCUCGCUACAUCGACUGGCAGAACCGGGUCACAGCUACCAGCAACAUGACCGGUGACCCAGGGUGCCUAUCCUCGGACUCCUCCCGUCAAGCCCAGCUCUCUUCCCACCCCUUUUACUUCAGCUUACCUCUGAAGAGCGAUCAUGCAGGAGGAGGAGGAGGAGGAAGGGUACGUGGAGGAAUGUCAAGUCUGAGGAAGUCACGCAAGGAGAAUACAAUUCCCCAGACUGCACUGGGAGCUUGUGGUGGUCCCUCCUCCGCUGCGAUUUCCUCCACUUCCACCAUUGAAAGAAAGAAACCCAAAGGUAUUCUGAAACCCCAGAGGAGUUUUGACUCAGUCUUUCACAGCCCUCCCAAAGAAAACUCUUCCUCCCAAUCGUGUAACGCUGCUCCCCAGCCUUGUCGAACACAUACACUUACCCACACACAUGCUGAUGUCCUGUCCACCAGCCUGCCAGCUCCCUCUACAUUCAGUCAGCCCUCAUCCAAAAUGCCCAAGAAGGGAAUACUGAAGAACUUGUAUGGAGGGGAGUCGGGUUAUGGCUCAUCUUCAGACAGAAGGAAUCCUGGAGCAGAAGUUAAAGAGGGGGGUGAUGCAGGUGAUUUGUGCUCCAACAAACCGCACACUUGUCUCCCAGCGGCAGAAGACAGCCCCACCAUGCGCACAGAGGCGGUAAGAAGAAGGAAGGGGAUUCUGAAACGUAACGGGAAGUUCUCUCGCAGUCUGGAUCUUCCUGAUGACCACCGCUCAGCCCACACAAUAUUCCCCGAGGCUCUGCAGCAGCUCCUCCAGGCUACAGGGGGUGCCGAGGGGCACCACAGCCGCCCCUCCAGUGUGGUGAGCGAGGAUAGCCUCUUCUCCUCUGAUUCUUUUGAUCUACUAGACCUCAGCACCCAAUCACGGCGCAGGAUUUUCUCCCGGGGGAUGCAGCACAGCGCCUGCAGCUCUGAGGAGGACCUGGAGCAGCUGAGAGCUGAGGCAGAUAGAGGUGGUGAAGAUGGAGAAGGACAGAAGGACAUGCUCACAUAAACCUAAGGAACAAUGGAAACGGUAGUGUGAUGAAGAAUUGGGUUGAUUGAACACCAGUUCUUUAUUUCACUUUUCUGUGACAAUCAGUGCCUGUCAUCUUGAAAAGACUUUAAUGAACUCUGGAAAGGUUGCAUCUUGAGAACAAGGACUACCAUGCAUUAUACUGUCAGUGUUGGGAACAAUUUCUUGGCAUAUUUGUCCGUAUUGAAUGAUAAAUUAAACUCGUUAUUGCCAUUUCAAUUGUAUUCUGAAU